AUGGUGUCGCUGGGAGGUUGGCUGGAAGCUAUGGGUGAGACCUGGACGCCAGAAAGCGUCGGUUUGAGUCAGGAUAAGAUGCUCGGCGAGCUGCGGCUGCUUGCGCAGCAGAAGUGCCACGAGGUUUGGCAGACCUCGGCGCCACAGCGCCAUGCCCUUGUCGAAAUGGCCAACCUCAAGGCAGCUGAGGCUGCGGUACUUGUGAACAAGUUCCCAGGACUAGCGGUUAUUUGCGCCGCCCUGCUGUGCGCAGCUCUGCUUCUCCGCUGGGAGCGCUUCUUUCCGGAGGCCAUUCAGAGACUUUCCUCGGUGGGUCGCUGUUCGGCUGGGAGUCCGGGCGCAAAGCCUCCCGACGCCAUGCCGGAUGCCCCGGAGUUCCGCGCGGCGCAGAUGCCCAACUUCCCAGGCGAUGAGCCUUUGGACGAAGACGGGGAUUCGGACGAGGAGUCCAUGGACUUCGCACAGGGCAGCACGCGGGAGGCCAUCGAGCGGCUGGCCAAGAGUGAGCUUUUCGUGCCACCAUCCUGGUGUGAGGAGGCAGAUCCAAAGGACGAGGAGGAGGACCUCACCGGCCAGACCGCCGAGCUGGUGGGUACCUUGCGGGAGCUGGCAGACGUGAACCGGCGCCGGGCUUCGACCUCCUCGGCGCCGUACCGCCGCACCGCCACCUUUCCGGAGGUGACGCAGAGCCAGGCGCGAAGGGAUCAAGUCGUUGUUAUCACCGGGGACUCCCAUUGA